GCCUAGAUUAACGCAGUCACGCAGCCAUUCAUCUCUCCUUUCCUCUAUAUAACCCCUGCUCCCCCUCUUCCUUUCUCCUCAUCCCACAAAGCAAUUUGCAACUCAAGCAAAGAGAGAGAGAGAGAGAGAGAGAGAGAGAUAAGAGAAAGAGAGGUGAUCAAGUUUCUUCUGCUAAAGAUCUAAAGUUUCUCACCUCACAAUGGCUCGCUCUCUCUCUACCGCUAAGACCCUCUCCGUCAUCGUCGCCGAAGGGUUCUCCAACGCCAUCUACAGACGAGGGUUCGCCGUCGCAGCCGACACGGCGUUGCAUGGGAGCGUUGCGAGCGGUGGAACAACCGCUUCUACCGCGGCGAUGAAGAAGAACGUUGGGGAAGAGUCAAGCGAGAAGGCGCCGUGGAUCCCAGAUCCUAAAACCGGUUACUACAGACCCGCUACCGUUUCUGAGGAGAUUGACCCGGCGGAGCUACGAGCUGUUCUCUUGAACAACAAGCAAUAAUUACUUUUCAAAUAAACAAAAACGCUUCUAAGAUAGUUAUGUUAAUGUUGUUUAAUCCCAUGUUUUAAGGGGAGAGAAUUGAGAAAAUGGGUUAUGAUCCUUUGUGGUGAACCCACCAUCUUAUUCUGUUGCGAGUUUUCUAGUGAUCGUUUUGAUCCAUCCUAAUAAAGUUAUAAAAACGUUUCAUCUA